GACGGACUUAGCAGCGUGCGGUGGUAGCGCAUGCGCAGCGUGCGUCUGGCUGCUGUCCCCCAGUAUACCCGGGCGGUCAUGGCUGAGGCGCAGAGCGCGUUGUGGGGGCUGGUGGAAGAGUUUGUCACCGGACAGCAGGACAGUGCAGCCACUGAGGUGGCAACAGGUGUAAAAGAUGGAGCAUUCACAGUGUUACAAGUGGUGGAAUCUCUUGGGUCAUGUUUGGCAAACCCUGAGCCCAGAAGCCGAGGGAGAGGCGUGCAGCUUUUGUCACAAGUCCUGCUCCAGUGUUACUCCAGACUGACAGAGAAAGAAGUGGAAGUGCUUGUUGUGUUCUAUGAAAACAGACUGAAGGAUCAUCAUGUCAUCACCCCGCAUGUCCUGCAAGGGCUCAAGGCAUUGAGUAUGUCUGAGGUUUUCCCCCUGGGUCUGGCAGUGUCUGUACUGAAGUCAAUAUUCCAGGAGGUUCAUGUUCAGUCUCUAAUGCAGUUGGAUCGCCAUACCGUCUAUUUAAUCAUCACCAAUUUUAUGAAGAGCAGAGAAGAAGAACUGAAGAGCCUCGGGGCGGAUUUCACUUUCGGGUUUAUUCAAGUCAUGGAUGGGGAAAAGGAUCCGCGUAAUCUGCUUGUGGCCUUCCGAAUUGUACACGACAUUAUAACCAAGAACUAUGCUCUUGGUCCAUUUGUGGAGGAGUUAUUUGAAGUGGUGUCCUGCUAUUUUCCCAUAGACUUUAAUCCGCCUUCCAAUGACCCACAUGGCAUCACCAGAGAAGACCUAAUAUUGGGUCUUCGUGCAGUCUUAGCAGCCACACCUCGUUUUGCUGAGUUCUUGUUGCCGCUGCUGAUUGAGAAAAUGGAUUCUGACAUACAAAGUGCCAAACUGGAUUCCCUGGAGACCUUGAAAGCCGCCUGUGCAGUUUGUGGACAGAAGGAGCUGAAUGAGUUUCUCCCGGGUCUCUGGUCUUCCAUUCGCAGAGAGGUAUUUCAGACUGCAAGUGAGAAAGUAGAAACCGAGGGUCUGGCUGCUCUGCAGGCUCUGACGGCUUGUCUGUCGCGCUCCGUUUUGGGUCCCGACUCUGAGGAUUCAUUAGACGGAUUUCUGAACAACAUUUUACAAGAUUGUAGGCAUCAUCUGUGCGAGCCGGACAUGAAGCUGGUUUGGCCCAGUGCUAAACUGCUACAGGCUGCAGCCGGUGCCUCCUCGAGGGCGUGUCUGAAAGUGUCAGCCAGUGUCCUCCCCCUGCUGCUGGAACAGUACAACCAGCAUGCUCAGAGCAGCCAUCGAAGGACCAUAUUGGAGAUGACCCUGGGGUUCCUCAAGCUGCAGAGUAAAUGGCUGUUUGAGGAAGAUGGAAAUGGUUUGCAGAGCUUUAGAGAAGCCUUAUGCAGCAUGGUGUUCUCUGCAGUGACGGAUCCCAGUGCACAGCUCCACCUGGUGGCAGUGAAGGCUAUGACAGUGCUCUCCACACAUCAAGGCUUCUUGUCUGCUGGUGAUAUUGAUCUAGUUGUUGAACACCUGACCCGUCUUAUCCUGGAGGAGACAGACCCGCAGAGCUGCCAGACUGCGAUCGAAGCUUCAGGAUCAUUGGCUACAAUUCACCCAUCGGUAUUCAUUAGUCGGAUGGUGCCUCAGCUAUGCUCACGGCUACAGAUAGUAUCCAUGGAAGGUGCUGAACUUGCAGGCAGUGCUUUCCCAGAGCAUUCCGUAUGGCUGAGAUGCCUUGAGGCUUUAGCAGCAAUGUCUACGCAUCACAGUAUCGUGGAGGAAACAGUACCCAUCCUACUCAGUCAUCUCAGGGGGGGGCAGAAAGGGGAGACGAAUGCUGAAGACGUUGUUGCGGUGUGUGAGAGUCUUCAUCGUGUGGCUGUGCAGUGCCAGCAAAAUGCCAAGUCUCUGUGCUUCUAUCAUAAGACCGUAGUGCCCUGCCUCCUAUCCCUGACUGUACAGGCUGCAAUGCAAGACAGGGAGACUGCAGUAGAAAGUAACGUUCUGCUUAAUGACAGUGUUCUUACCGCCAUGGUGCCUGUAAUCAGCGCGGCCACCUCUCAUCUCGACCCUGAGUUGGCUUCUUCAAGCGUCUCCCAGAUUGUAAACCUUUUUCUAGAUGGAGAUGUUUCUGUUCUUACUGAAAACAAUUUCACCUCCAAAUUCCAUCCAUUCCAGACUGAUGGCCCCACAGCCAUCCAGAGCCGGCUAGUCGCACUGCUGAUGGCCUUUGUAUGUUCCUUACCAAGAAAUGUGGAAAUCCCUCAUCUGAGCCGUCUGUUGCAGCAUUUGCUGUCUCUGAGCCUGUCUGGCUCCAGUCCAUUUGCUUACUCCUCCUCUGCCAAGUGCUUUGCUGGUUUAAUCAACAAAUGUCCCUCCGGGGAUCUUCUGGAUAAUAUACUGCAGAGUGCAUCUUGUAGAAUAGAGCUCGGCCUGGCAGAUGAACACACGAGGACUCAGGCUCUGACGCUGCUCGUCUGGGUGACCAAGGCUCUGAUCCUGCGCUACCAUCCAUUGAACGGACAGCUGACUAAAAAGAUGAUUGGCUUGCUGUGUGAUGGAGGUCUGGGACCGCUGGCUGCUGACAUGUUCUCUCUUCUGGUCUCGGAGUGUCCGGAUAUCCUGAACAAAGCGUGCCAUGCGGAUAUUCGGAUCAUGUUCCGCCAGAGGUUCUUCACAGAGAAUGUCCCCAAACUGGUAGAAGGUUUCAACUCUGCUAAUGAAGGUAAUAAACCAAAUUACCUGAAAGCAUUGUCUCAUGUGCUCAACUGUUUGCCAAAGCAGGUUCUCCUGACAGAGCUGCCCUCACUGUUCUCUCUGCUGCUGGAGGCCCUCUCCUGCUCUGACCGUGUUGUUCAGCUGUCCACACUCACCUGCCUGGAGCCUCUUCUGUUGGAUGCUGCGGAUAUACUGAAAAUUCACAUCGAUACGCUCAUCAAAAAGCUCCUCCACCUGACUUGUAGCCCUAGCAUGGCUGUCCGGAUUUCAGCUCUGAAGUGUAUGCUGGCCCUGACCAAGCUCCCAUUGCCUAUGCUCCUGCCUUACAAGCAGCAAGUUCUCCGUGCCUUAGCCAAACCACUGGAUGAUAAGAAGAGAUUAGUGAGGAAGGAGGCCGUGGAGGCUCGCUGUCAGUGGUUCCUAAUUGGAUGCCCCGGAAGCUGAGAAUUUCCUCUGAACAUUUACUAACUUUGCACGGAGACAAUCUAACCAGGAUGCCACUAACUUACUGACCUGUACAACCAACAUGACUUGGGUGCCAUCUUGUUUAGCCACGCCUACAUCUUGUACCAUAAGGGCUGUGUCUGCAUACCCUUCCCUCGCAUUCCAUGUCUUACUUUUCCAUAUCGAGUUCUAGGCUGCAUCUGCCACCCCGAGCUGACUGCGUCCUUUGCACUUCAAUGAUAUUAGCACAAGUUUACAGUAGAAGGAAAUCUGGCAUGUCUAGGAG